CCCCCUCCCGGGACGCAGGGCUGUGCUCCACUCUCGUGGCCUCCGUCACCCGCUCAGCUCCCUGCCCUGGGCGGGGAGGCCGGCUUGUGGGGUUGAGUGGCCCGAGCUGAGGGCGCUGAGAGCUCAGGUCGGCGACGACGACGGCGUUGAUAUCGGUGGUAACAACGGCCUCAGCAGGCGGGGAAGAUGAAAGGUAGCCGGAUCGAGCUGGGAGAUGUAACACCACACAAUAUUAAGCAGCUGAAGAGAUUAAACCAGGUCAUCUUUCCUGUCAGCUACAAUGACAAGUUCUACAAGGAUGUGCUGGAGGUUGGCGAGCUAGCAAAACUUGCCUAUUUCAAUGACAUUGCAGUCGGUGCCGUAUGCUGUAGGGUGGAUCAUUCACAGAAUCAGAAGAGACUUUACAUCAUGACACUAGGAUGUCUGGCACCAUACCGAAGGCUAGGAAUAGGAACUAAAAUGUUAAAUCAUGUCUUAAACAUCUGUGAAAAAGAUGGCACUUUUGACAACAUCUAUCUGCAUGUCCAGAUCAGCAACGAGUCAGCAAUUGACUUCUACAGGAAGUUUGGCUUUGAGAUAAUUGAGACCAAGAAGAACUACUACAAGAGAAUAGAGCCCGCAGAUGCUCAUGUGCUGCAGAAAAACCUCAAAGUCCCUUCUGGCCAGAAUGCAGAUGUGCAAAAGACAGACAACUGAACAAAUUACACAUGAACUUUCUUGCACUUGCUUGUCGCCAAAUAAAAGAAAGGCCCAUUGAUUUUUUUCCCCCUUUUCUUUUAAGACUUUUCCCACUCCUUGUUCUUGUUUUUCCUCCUUUCUUUCCUUCCCUUUCCUCUAAAAGUUUUAAUACUUUCAAAAUUAAUCAUGUUUGGGUUGUUUUUGUUUUCUUAUUUUGUGAGGUGAGGUGAUUGUAGUAAGGAGAGGUAUAGAUCUGUUUAUUUCACAGUUACGAUAUAUGGUCCCGAAAAUUUGGAUGUCAGUUUCAAUUUAGUUUUAGCUUUUUUUAUGUCCUGCUUUCACAUUGAAGGGCAGAGCCUACAAAAUAUUAUAUAUUUCAAAAGACAAAGAAGCAGCAGCAAUAUCUUGUUCUCUAAAUAGACAAGUUUAGUGUGUUUGUGGUACUUUGGGUUUUUCAAGACUGUUUGUGGGAUACUAAUCCCUAGACAUUGCCUUCAACUCCACCUUUAUACUUCUAAGUACUAUCUCAGGAGUUGGACCAUUGUUAUCCUUGUAAAAAAUACUAAGCUUAUUUUGUUAUUUUAAGCAAUUGUUUCUUCCUCAUUGGUGGCUGAGGGUGGGUGGGAUAGUUUGGGUAGGUAGUGUUAGACUUGGGUCUCAAUAUUUGAGUUAAACUGCUUUUUAAUAAUGAGUUGGUUGGUUGUUAGCAGGUAUAUUUUUCCUGCUGUUGAUUGUUAUUAGUGGCAUUAACUUUUAGAGUGUGAGCUGGUGAGAUUGAUUUUUUUAAAAUAUCCCAGCUAGAGAUAUGGCCUUUAACACUGACCUAAAGAGGUUUGUUGUGAUUUUUUUUUUUUCCCUCCCUUUUCUUUAGUAAACUCACAGUAGUUAGUCUAACCUUCAAAAUGGAGUUGAUGUCCUUAUAGGUCAAUACCCCUGAAGAAUCCUGAAGCAGGUGUUGUCUCUUGGACAUACUAAAACAUACCUAAAAGUAAGUUUAGAUGGACUUGUGGCACAAUAAAUGCAUUGAAUGUCAGCUAAUGCAGGCUGUUAAAAGUGUGGCCACUGAGCAUUUGAUUAUAUAGGAAAGAAUAUCUAGACAGUAUUUUUGAGAACGACGUAGCUGUGCUAUUGCUUAUCUGUUGGAGAACAUCCCAGAUUUGCUUACAUUCUGUGCCUAUGAUACUGAGUUUAAGGAUUUGGGGGAGGGAGAAUUGUUAAACAUUGCUUCUAUUCUUGGAAAAGUAAAAGUCUAGAAGUGUUACUAAUGCAAAUGUCACUGUGACCUCCUCUACUGACAGGACUGGUUUAUGCCAGAUCAUUUUCUGGUGUAUAAGGAAUGGUUUUGACGGGUUGAUAAAUUUUUGUAAGAUAGGAGACAUCUGAAAUUUCUUGUUUUCCUCCAUAGACCCAUCUCCAAUAUUUAAAUUUUUAUGAUUGCCAGUAUUGGUGGCCCAACAAAUGAUCUCAUUAGACUUUAAAACAGUGCACAGAGUUUGAAGAUUCUGUCGUUUGACUUUCAAAGGAAGGUUGGUUCACAAUAUUUAUCCUCUUAUGUAAAUUCUGCUAUGAAAGUCUCAUCUCUCCAAAUAUGUUACAUGACAAAAUUAUUUUACACAAUGUUUAUGCACACUUUAUAAUCUUAAGUUCUUAUUUGAGAAUGUGAAAGUACAGAGUACAAUAGACUUCAGCAGUCUUAACUGAGUGCCAAGAAUAAUACAGAAAAGGAAGAUAGUUGAUGGAUGAGUUUAUAUAUGGUUCUAAUCUUAAGAUAGUAAAAAUGUAGAAAGACACCAUGCUUGUUUCUUGAGUAUCAGUUACUUCAGCAGUCGAAAUCUAAGCUUAGAAUAAAAGUUUAGCAUUAAGCACCUUUACCUUCAUGGAUAAGCUUCUGCUUGCUCUUGCCAAGAGAAGAGUGCUUGAGUUACAGAAGGCAUAAUUAGUUUGAAGAAUUCAGCCUUUUUGUAAACUUCCAGAUAUCAAAAUAGAUUUUGAUAUAUAAAUGAGUUUUCUGAGAUGACACUGCCUCUAUUUCUAUAACCAUUUCACCUGGACUAUCUAAUCAGUCCUAUGAAUGUAUCCCUAAAUGUGGUUAUUGAAAACCGAAUAGCUGCCUCAUGACAAGUACAUGUUAUUUAAGGAGGAAAAAAUAUUAAAUUUUGAAUUGAGUGUGUAGGCUCCCUAUCAUUAUAGUGUUUCUUUUCCACACUAGUCCGUGACUUUACCCUAAAUUGUAAAUGUUUGUAAAGGGUUAAUUGUCCUACAUCAGACUUGUGUUAAAUAAUUCCAUCCACUUGCGGAGGAGGACACAGGAGAGGUGGAAGCUGGGCGCUAGUUCUUACGCUUAUGAGUCAGUAAAAACAAAAUAAUGCCCCCUGUUGAGUCGGUUAUUUUGAAAUGUGAUGAAAACUAUUAUUGAAGUAAAACAAUUCUAUUAACUGGACAGGUGGUUUUUACUGUGGGGCAAAUAGGUAAAAAUUAUACUGUAUGGCAGUUGCAUUUGGGUUCUAAAGAAAAGAAUCUGCAGAGAAAUCUAUGCAAUAUAUAAUUUGUCCAGAUUAGUUUUUAUAUGGGGAAAGAAGUUCUGAAAUAUCCCCAAAGCAGUUUACUCAUCAAUUGAAAGUCCUCCAAAAACAGAACUAUUGGGAAACCGUGGUAUGUGGGAUGGAAAAGAAAAGCUCCCUCAGUUUUUUGGAGGGAAUAACUUUAAAAAUACUUAAAUGGCUAAGUUUACUUGGUGCAGUUAAGAAUUAAACUUGUUGAUUUUACAUUGCUGUUACAUCUGAAAUAAACUUAUGUGAUGUUCUGGUAGUAA